ACAUGUCUUGCAGCGAGGAUCCUCCAUACUACGUCCUAGUGGCCCAUUCAUCCCCUUUGAGCAACCCGGCUCCCACCUCCUCGUCGCUCAGCCACCCGGUGAUCGAGUACCACUACGCCGAUGACUCUCCCAGAGCCCUCUUGCCGCACUAUCCAGGCGAGCAUGUCCUCGUCAUAGACUACGAUCCGAACAGAGGCUCCUCCCCGACAGUGAAGAGCCUGUCGGCCGACGUGGCGGUGACAGGGCUUAGGAUCACCGAUGCUCCUGGAGCGGAUGAGCUGAAUAGGAACAACAAGAUGUAUAUCCUUGAGACAACGGCUGUGCCCGAGGAACGUGUCGAAGAGAACGACUGUCAAUCACCUCAGGCAGUCCUUACUCGUUUCAAGCAGCGAAAUGCGAUUCUGAGACGUGCACUCGAAUAUCCUGAGUGUCUCGACGACACACAACCAUCGACGACGAUGAAUGAAGAACGGUAG